ACCGACGGGAUAUGAAAUCAAAUUUAACUUGAGCUUUAAUAAGGCUCUCAGUCAUUCCUAAAGCUCCGGUGGUAUAUUCCGAUCUGUUUGCUGUUGCCAGCCGCAUCAGACAUCCGAAAAGCUUACUUAAUUCAGAUUAGAAAUAAUCUACAAACGCGUCUUCUGUGAAGCAGUCUAAUCGGAUUAACUUCUUUCCCCGGGAUGCUGUUCGUCGUGCUGACCGCCUCGCUUCUCGUGGGGAGUAGCCUGGUACCCGGCGCCCAGUGCCGCAGUUGCGGUCAGAGCCUGGGCACGACCAAAAACUUCGAGGAUAUCUUUAAAGGUCGCUGCUAUGACUAUGUGGAGAAGAUCAACCCUCAAGCGUUCUGCGGUAAAAAAAACAAGAGUUGUGAUGAACUCUGGGAUACUUUUAGGAGCGCAUUCACGAACACCAGUUCCUGUAACACGAGCGCAUAUAUGUACUCGGCCUUUAUCAAUGCCUCUACACAUUCUCUACCCCGAGGAAAGAGUAUGUUUUGGCAAGGUGUCUCAGGGUUUGUCCACGAACUGACGUAUCGAGGAAAGCGCUACUUCGCCUUAGAGGACACACUUUACGGUUACACUCUCAAUCAACUAAACUGGUGCUGGUCAGGAGAGGCCGGAGACUUUAAUUACACACUGUGUCCCAACCGAAACGUGUGUCCCAGUGGCCCCAAAACGACAUACUGGGAGGCUGCCUCAAGGGAGUUCGCCAAGGUGGCUUCAGGUACGGUUCAGGUCAUGAUCAAUGGAAGUCGGUUCCCUCCUUACAACAGGACGGGGUUUUUCGGCAGAGUGGAGUUACCGGCCAUGAAUACAUCCAAAGUGGACAGGAUUCGUAUUUUACUCGCCCACGAUCUAAAAUUACAUGUCGUAGAAGACUGUAACGGAAAAUCAAUAACAGAGCUGAAGGCAGAUAUAAAGGCCCGUGGUAUGGAAGUGGAGUGUACUGACGACCCAAAGUGGGUCCGAUUUUACAUGUGUGUGGAUCAUCCAAACCACCCCAUCUGCAAAAAUUUAACCUCAAAGGCUCAUUCCAACACAGCGUUUGGAGUUGUACUAUAUAUUUUGUUGUUCAGUAUUAAAAACAUGGUCAGCAGGUGAAGCAUCCGAUGUAACGUGGAUAGAACUUUGUCGUCAAACGAUGCGUGUAAGGGCAGCAUGGUAAAUAAUUACAUAGACAUACUAUAGUCUUUUUGACUCAUGUAUAUAUACAAAAAAGUCGCGUGAAACGCCUAGUCAAAAAUAAAACUUAUUUGUU